AAUGUUCUCUAUGCAGGACCUAAAACGUGUACCUGUUGCACCAGCUGGUCGUAUUCCCUUCUAUUAGCUACGUAUGGAGUAGGCAUAGGAUGUUACAUUGGGAGAAUCUUAUUUCAUGAUAUACAGAGAAAAUAAUAGCAAUAUAUAUUUUUUUAGAAGGAUGUGAGUCUCGUGUUCAUAUUUCACAACCUCCGAGGGCUUUUCGAGAUGGCUAUGCACGAGUCGACAGCAAAAUAAUACAAUUGAUUUAUGCUACAUUAAAGCAUGCUAAAUGUGUCUGAUUAGAUAUCAAGUAAACGAAUACACAGAAGGAAAGUUAGUGAAAGAAAAUCACAUUGAUUAAUUAUCAGACAAGUCAAGGGCGUUUAGUCAGGAUAAUAUAGCCUAGGCUACUAUGUGAGUGAAGAGCAAAAUAACCCACCUGUUAAUCUAGGCUUUCGUGCUAGCAAAAUGUUAGCAAAAUGCUAACAUGCUAGCAAAAUGUUAGCAAAUGCUAGCAAAAUGUUAGCGAAAUGCUAACUUGCUAGCAAAAUGUUCUGAUAACACCAUUAGACGAGCAAACUAGACCAAAGAUUAUCAUCAUAAACACUCAUCUCAGUUUGACUAACAUUUUCCCAGCCUAAUUGUAACCAAAUGUCCAAAUGGAGAUUCUGGGAAACAAAAAUCUGACAUUGAUUGAUUUAUCAUGACGAAUCCCCACGCCUAGCAACCAUCAAAUCUCAUGAACGCAUAUUGUUUACGCCGGAUUUAGCUACGACUAGUCUUAUUUUUGGUUGGUGCAACAAGUUUAAAUUCUGUUUCCAAAGUAGGACGUAUCUAUGCCCGACCUAGCAUUUAAAACCAACUUUAUUUUACCCCCAACUGGUGCAUCUCCCCUGGAGAUCCUGAGGAAAGAUGACCUUCUACGAUGACAUUUACCCAUUCUACCCCCUACCAAGAACCUCCUUUAUCUUCAGCACCCACCUCCUCACCAUUAUCCUGGUCUUCCUGGUCCUCACGGUCAGCUUCCUUCUUAUUCUGCCAGGUAUCAGAGGCAAGUCGAGACUGUUCUGGAUGUUCAGAAUCAUCAUCAGUUUCUUCAUAGGUGUGGUAAUCGUAGCACUGAAUUUCACCAGUGACUGGGCGGAGGCCCGAACCACCACCAACGCUACCUACAAGUCCUUCAGCAGUGAGGAGGUGAACGCUGAGGUGGGCCUGCAUGUUGGACUGUACGGCAUCAACAUUACUUUAAGAGGGAAUCCUGUGAAUCAACUGAACGAGACCAUCAACUACAAUGAGAUGUUUGAGUGGAGAGACACUAUCGAUGAGGAGUACGAGGAUGCCCUAGAGAGAGGUCUACCUAACCCCAUCCUCUAUAUCGCUGAGAAGUUUACCCUCAACAACCCCUGUGGUCUCAUCUACCAGUACAGAUACUCUGGGCGCUACGCCUCGGCCACUCUCUGGACAGCGUUCUGCUGCUGGAUGGUAGCCAACGUGCUAUUCUCCAUGCCUGUCAUUCUGUACGCCGGCUACAUGAUGGUGGCCACUGCUGCUUUCAUCUUCUUCUCCAUGGCCUCCUUCUCCACCAUCAUGAACCUGCCUACCUGUCUGUUCACCAUAGGCACCUCUGGAGCCUUCCAGACAGAGUACAGCAGUUCUUUCUGGCUGGCACUGGCCACAGGUGUCCUGUGUCUGGUCAUCGGAAUCCUGGUGGUUCUGCUGGACUGUCUGAUCCCUGAGAAGAUACGAGAGGCCUUCAGCGUCGGGGUGGACAACGACGAAGAUGAAGAUGUUUAUUUUGGAGAGGGAUACCUGAACUCCAACUUCCUGGCAAGCGUAACCACCACACCUUUGACAACCUUAGUACUUCCUACGGAUGAAAUUCAGAAAGACAGCCACCAACCAUCACUCCAGGAGCUGUCAAUCGCAAUGUAACCUAAUGUAGCAGGUGUCAAAACACGCCUGAGCGGAGUUCGAGCGGAGUUCCCACAUCCGGUUUUCAGCAAAAAAAGUAUAUCCUUGAAAACAGGAUACAGGGUUGUUGGCAACUCCUCUAAGUCAGAUUCGAGUCAGAUUCAUAACCUCACUCCCCAGCUUGAAAGGUCUCUACCACACAAUUGAAUCCCUAGCCUUUCGACAGUGUAGUUGGUUAAAACGUAGUCAAGGAGGGCAGUCACGGGCGAGACAUUAGCCUCUGUCGAGUCCCCAACAACCGGAUGUCCUGGGUUCCAGUCUGGCUGUGAGGCGACGAGGGAGGAAGUGGUACUGCUAGACUAGCACAGUGACCUCCUUUACAAAGGCCUCUUGUACUGUACUGUACUGUACUGUAAAUAAUGUGUAUUAAAUGUGUUCUACUCUGUCAAUGCCAUAAUUGGUUAUUAUUAGAUGUGGUGUAUUAAAUGUCAUGUGCAAAUAGUGUACGAAAAUGUAUUUUAAAAAAUUGCGAGAUUCACACACUUUUUUUUUUACUGGAGAUAAUUGAAUGAGGUAUUCAAAUAAUUGACGAUGUGCUUCUUGUGUAAUAACCAAAUGGCACCCUAUUCCCUACAUAGUGCACUACUUUUAACCAGAACCCCUAUGGCUCAUAGUGCACUAGGGAACAGGUGCGACAUUUUGGAGUGACUUUACAUUAUUAUUAUUUUUUUAAAUGUUUUACAUAUUUUACUUUCAUUUUCAUCAUUGCAUGUAAUAAAUGUCAUUUUUUAUUUAAAACACAUUUGGAAAGCAAUAAUUAGUCUUGUCACCGGUUUCAUCGAUCACAGUGUAUUCUCAGCAUCUCACAAUACAUUCGUACUGUAAUAUACAAGUUAAUACAUUCUCGUUGUACCUGGUCUGCCUCACAAAUGCCACCCUACUCUCUUUAAAGUCCACUCCUUUUGAACAGAGCACUGUUGGCCCCUGGUGAAAAAGUAGUGCACUGUAAAAGGAACAGGGUUCGGUUUGGGACGGCCUGAUGUUUAAGGCCUGAUGUUUAAGGCCUGAUGUUUAAGGCCUGAUGUUUACGGCCUGAUGUUUACGGCCUGAUGUUUAAGGCCUGAUGUUUAAGGCCUGAUGUUUACGGUAAUCAGUCAC